AUGUCUGAUAGCGAAAACGAGUACGACGAAACGGACCAGCUCGUCAAAGAGGAGGACGAGAAGAUGUCAGACCAAAGACUCACUUCGGAAGGCGCCGACACCAGUGCAGAGCCUAAAAAAAAGUACGACCCGAAAGAUCCUCUUCGGCCUCGGAGAAAAAAGGCUAGGCGCGCUUGUUUUGCCUGCCAAAGAGCCCACCUUACAUGCGGGGACGAGAGGCCAUGCCAGCGAUGUAUUAAGCGUAAUCUCAUGGAGAGCUGCCAGGAUGGAGUCAGAAAGAAGGCCAAGUAUUUACAUGACGCGCCCCCCGAGGCAUUGAGACCUGUUUUGGGUCCAAACUACAAUCCAAAUCCAACUCCACGGCAGAAUGGCCACCGGCAUCCGAGUAUUCAGACUUCUGAGGCGUCCUCCAACCAGGGGACCUUCUUCUCCCAAUCGCCUGCUACUCAGUUUCCUCUGUUCUCCGCCGCCCAGACGCCAAUAGGGAACUUGGCAGAAACUCUUCCGUUUGCAAACCAGCAGUCGCCAACCUCUCCAUCCUUCCAGACAUCCGGGAAUCCACAAAUCAGCGGCAUGACCGUGCCACAGGUGUCGAGCCCCAUGACGAACUUUGGCACUCUACCUUUCGACCCGAGCGAUCCGAAUAUCUACAACUUCAACCUUGAAGGCCUCAACUUCGGUAGUCAAUAUGGUGCCAUGGAAUUUGGCAUGCUCGGGCACAUGUCAUCGGGUGCCGCCGAAACACCUCCGGGGGAUGCCACUAUGGCGCGGUCAGCAAGCGGCAGCCUCGGUUUUGGGCCCGGCGUAUUCGGGAAUGGCGUUAACCAGUUCGACAAUGUCUACGAGGGGAAUAUUCUGGAUGGCUUCCUCGGUCUUGAUGCGAAUCACAAUGGCCUCUACUCCCAAGGUAACCUACAGCAUGGCCUUCCCCAUGCGUAUGCGAUUGCCGCUGGGCCAACCAGCAUCCAGAGCCCGAGUACCGACACCAAUAGCCCGCAGCCGACUCCCCUCGGUUUCGAAGGAUCUCCCACGAUGGCUACCUUCUCGACAACGCCAGGGAGCAAGCCGGCGAACCAACAGCGGCCCUCUACGAGACAGUCAAAUGCCAUCGCAAAGCUCGGGCAGCAGUCGGUCUUGGGGAAGCGGCAACGCGACCCCUCUUUCGUCUACGACACAGUGAAGGAACCGUUUGGAUAUGUCUCAAGUUUCCACAAGCUCUUCAUUCUCAUCCAAAAACGGUUCACGGCAGCGCACACGUCGCGCAUCGCGAAAUCCCUGGCCAGCAUCCGGCCGUCAUUGAUGGCGUCUACCAAGAACUUGACAAAACAGGACCUGGUCUUCAUGGAGAAAUAUUUCCAGCGGUCUCUGCUUGAAUAUGAGGAGUUUAUGCACCAAUGCUCCAGUCCCACCCUCGCCUGCAGACGGACCGGCGAAGUCGCUAUCGUGAACAAAGAGUUCUGCGCGUUGACGGGUUGGACGAAAGAUGUGUUGCUUGGGAAAGAGCCAAACCUCAAUGUCAACUUGGGCGGCUCUGCAUCGGCAAAUACCAACUCCAAAGCUCGAGUCGGCCUCGCUACCCCGCGUCUCAAAAGUCUAAACACAGAGUCCGGCGGAUCUACAGAUGGCCCGCGGCCCGUUUAUCUCGCCGAACUCUUGGACCACGAAAGUGUCGUGGAGUUCUACGAAGACUACUCCCAGCUAGCUUUCAACGACAGCCGAGGCCACAAGACACGCAAGUGCCGUCUCCUCAAGUACCGUGCGCCGGACAAGGACGACGGCACAGGGGAGAGCAGCACCGACGGGCAGCUGCCGCAGAAAGAUCCUCGUAAUAGUAUUCUGAGCAACCGCGUUGCAAAGAUCGAUGGCGAGCACGGGAUAUCGAAACUUGAACGCGACGGCAAGCUUGAGUGUAGUUACACAUGGACCAUCAAGCGCGAUGUGUUUGAUAUGCCCAUGCUAUUCGUCAUCAAUGUAAGUACGUAG